GACGCUUGUAUACGACACCGUACAGCCGACCGCGUGGUGUGUGUGAGACCAGUGCAUACAUACACACGUACGUGUGCGCGUGAAUGCGGGUUGAGUCGAGUCGCAGUUAGUUGGUAAACUGGUCAGGCCCGUGCGCGAGUAAGAUCGAGGUGCGACGUUCGACGUGAAGACGAGUUCGACGAGAAUCGAAGAGGCACGAGCCGCCGAUCAGACAGCGAUUGAAUUGAUAUACGUGAUUUAACAGUGAUCGGCGAACAACAAUGUCCGUGAUUAUGGAUUGUUUUCGUCAGUAGCGGGUGCUACGUGUGAGAAGCUUUUCCUCGCCGUCUUCCGUGUGUACGAAGCCCGUACCUUCCCACCGAGAGUCAACGUCUCUCCCCCUCUCUCUAUCUCUCUCUCGCUCUCUGUUCGUCCGUCGGUCUCUCUGUCCUUCGACCUUUGUCGAUCAUCGCGAAACCCGCCGUCGUCCUUCGAAUAAAACGUGUGUGCGUUUUUCGCGCGGCCUUCGCCGGAGAGACGAUCAUUUUUGAGCCGAGUCGCGCAGGGCAAGAGCGGCGGCCCGCUUUUGUUUCUCGAGGUAGGGUCUCUUUAUCGCGACGCCUGUGUGUGUGUUUUCCUCUCUCUCUCUCUCUCGUCCCCUCCCCCCCGCUGUGUGCUCUCGUCCGUCUCUCUCGCUCUAUCGCGUCAGUGCAAACGAAAACAAGCCCGCGAAUCUCCCCUGGUGGUGAGAGCCUAAUCUCGCGCUCGACGAGUCGUCAGAACUCGAUCACCUUCCCUCAAAUCCUUCACUAGCCGUCUGUAAUGUGCAAGUACAGUAAGGAAACCGGGAAAACCACUACGUCGACGAUUAAUCUCGUGCACUCGAAAAGGAAAGGAAUUUUCAUACACAUAAAAGAGAUGCCCAACGACCUGAUAAGUCUUCGAAGUCGAAGAAGCUUUCUGACGUUUCGCUUGUACUGAACGACCCGAGCGUAAACUUUCAAGGAAACAGAUUCGGGGAUUCGCUUUGAACAGCGAGCAACGAUAAAGGGCUCCAGAGGCCGUGGAAUGUCAACAUUGUAAGGCGAAGAAGGCAGGCCAAGAGGGAGUCAACGCAAACGGUUUCAGCAACAGCUCCAAGCCUCAGAAUUUCUUUUGCACACUUGGAGAGAGAGACCCGUUAUUGUUAUCACGAUGAAGCUGUUGGAGAGCACGCGUUUGGAAGCCAUAAACACUGCCUUGUCCAUCAAGACAGGAGAUAGCAAGAUCAUUGGCAGGAUCGAGAGUUACUCUUGCAAAAUGACGGGUAUCGAGAAACAGCACUAUAAACGGUUCAACGCGGAAGAGGGAGUCACGCCACACGAUUUACAAGCUCUGUCACCGCCGCAGACAUCCCUGGGAACGUCUCCGGCUCAGGGAUACUUGAGCCGCAGCAUCUCCGGCGACGAGGACGGUCCGUUGUGUGACACGAUCAGCAGGAAGACAUUGUUUUAUUUGAUCGCAACGUUGAACUCUGCCUUUUCGGAUUAUGAUUUCUCGAACGCCAAGAGCCACGAGUUUAGCAAAGAACCGAGUUCGACUUGGAUGAGGAACGCCGUGGACGGUAAUCUCAGCGCUACCGCGGGCGAUCACUAUCGCACGCUGCGUUCGAGCCUGUGGGCGGCAAUCAACGAUGAAAUAACGUUGGACGAAUGUGAUAUUUACAGUUACAAUCCGGAUUUCGCGUCAGACCCAUUCGGAGAGGACGGAUGCUUGUGGUCGUUCAAUUAUUUCAUGUACAAUAAGAAGCUGAAACGCAUCGUAUUUUUCACAUGCAGGGCGAUCAAUCCGCUGUACGUGCCCGAUUCCGGAGUUGGUAGCGAUUACGCUAUGGAUGAGGACGACGAGGACGCGUAUUAAGUCUCGUGAUUUAAUGUCCGCUCGAUAAGCAAAUGAACUUAUCGAAGAUACAUGUACGCAAUCUCUACGAGUCACGUCUCAAUUUUCUUUAGUCGUACGUGGCGAGCUUGUGGGCGCGCUUGUUUGUUCUCAACUAUUACGUAACUCGGUAACACUUCGUGUAUUACUCUGAUUUUCAAGUUAACAAGGUAAUCAAACUGUUCUCUCUCUCUCUCUUGGAUAUUCACUUUAGAAUUUCUGUGUUUUGUCAGUCACUCGCAGUAUGUAAAGGUUUUUUGUAGAUGAUGGAAGACUUGCUUUCGUAGUUCGUUAAGUCCCGUCGAUUUUUGAAUGUCUCUUAACGAAAUCUCUCUUGCGAGAUAGAAAUAAUUUCAUCCUUUAAGAAGUAGAUGUACGUGUACUAUCUCUAUAUGAAUCGUAUGAAUUUAUUAUAUUAGAACGAACACUCGGUGUAUAAGGAUUCUAUUCGUCUUGAUACGAUUACGUUAACACUCGACUUAAUGUUUAACAUAUAUUUUGAAGGCAAAUUGUACGUAAUAAAUAAAAUUCACUACGGUUAUAUGCAACUA